CUGGACCACGCGCGGCUCCGCCCCGGGCUCGAUCCACCCCCCGCAGCCAAACAUUCAACCGCCAGGUACCGCGAGGCCCCGCCCCUUUGUGGCUCGCUCCGCCCUCCGCUUGGCCAGCCAAUGGGCGAGGACGUUGCUCGGAGGGGAGCGAGCCGGCCAAUGGGCGGGCGCGUUGCUGUUGUCGGGCCGGCGGUUGUUUGGUGUCCAGCGGGCCCGGGCCCCGAGGAGCGGGCAGGUGGAGGUUCACCAGCUUGAGCAAUGAUUUGUACUUAGAACCAUAAAAAGCAGGAGGGAGGAGGAUCCACAAGCAAAACAUCUAUAUUUGGAAGCCUGUUUCAUCUAGCAGCUCUCAGGGACAGCCCCACAGCAGCCUUGGUGCAGACAAAAGGAUGAAAUCGCACUCUCAGUGGGGGACUAAACAUGGAGAUACGCUGCGGCGGCCUCUUGUUCAGUUCCAAAUUUGACUCAGGGAACCUGGCCCAUGUGGAGAAGGUGGAACACCAGGACGGAGAAGGGGACGUAGCUGGGAACAACAGCAGCAGCAGCAGCUCUACUGUGUCUGCGGUGUUUGGCAGCUCCUUGCCCACGGCUGACUAUGAAUUCAAUGUGUGGACCAAGCCCGACUGUGCUGAGACGGAGUAUGAAAAUGGGAACAGAUCCUGGUUUUAUUUCAGUGUGAAGGGAGGUGCUCCAGGCAAGCUGAUCAAAAUCAACAUCAUGAACAUGAACAAACAGAGCAAACUCUAUUCCCAAGGCAUGUCGCCUUUCGUUAGGACCCUGCCUGUCAGGCCCCGCUGGGAGCGCAUCCGGGAGCGGCCCACCUUCGAGAUGAAGGAGACCCAGUUUGUGCUGUCCUUUGUGCACCGUUUCCUGGAGUACCGUGGCACCACCACCUACUUUGCCUUCUGUUACCCCUUCUCAUACACGGAGUGCCAGGAGAUGCUGGCCCAGCUGGACAGCCGCUUCGAGGAGUGUCAAUACAUGUCACCCAGCAGCACCCUUGACUCCAUCUAUUACCAUCGAGAGCUGCUGUGCCACUCCCUGGACAAUCUGCGGGUGGACUUGCUCACUGUCACCUCGUGCCAUGGCAUGAGGGAGGAGCGCGAGCCCAGGCUGGACAAUCUAUUCCCCGAUGAAGCCACUCCUCGCCCGCAUUGCUUUGCAGGGAAGAGGGUCUUCUUCCUGAGCAGCAGAGUUCACCCAGGGGAAACGCCCUCCAGCUUUGUCUUCAAUGGCUUUCUGGAGUUCAUCCUGCGGGAGGACGAUCCUCGAGCCCAGGUGCUGAGGCGCGUGUUCGUCUUCAAGCUCAUCCCCAUGUUGAACCCAGACGGUGUGGUGCGAGGUCAUUACCGAACUGAUGCCCGGGGGGUGAACCUGAACCGCCAGUAUCUGAGCCCUGAUGCAGAGCUGCAUCCUGCUGUGUAUGGAGCCAAAGCCGUGCUCCUUUACCAUCACAUCCACAGCCGUGGCCCACCCGGCGCUCCUGACUGGAGGGUGCACGCCUCCCCGCUCACCUCCAGCUCACUAAGCACAAAAUCUUCCAACCAUUCCAUCUGCCACUGCACCCUGGCCCCGGAGGCUUCUCUGUCGGAGCUAGAGAAAGCCAACAACCUCCGCAACCACCCCAGCACCGAUCUCAUGCUUUCUCAGGACCCCCAGCUGCUGGAAGCACCUGCUGCUGAGCUGGGGAACAAGGACCAAGCUGUGUGGAUCUUGCCUUCGGAGCCCACGGGAGAGCACUGUGAGAGGGAAGCCGAGACCGCCUCGUCAGUGGCUCCCCUGGAAGCCAUCCUCCCCCAGGAGAGCGGGCUGGCAUACUACGUGGAUCUGCACGGGCACGCCUCCAAGCGCGGCUGCUUCAUGUAUGGCAACAGCUUCAGCGAGGAGAAUGCCCAGGUGGAGAAUAUGCUGUUCCCGAAACUCAUCUCCUUGAACUCAGCUCACUUUGACUUCAUGGGCUGCAACUUCUCUGAGAAGAACAUGUAUGCCAGAGACAAGAGGGACGGGCAGUCGAAAGAGGGCAGUGGACGAGUGGCUAUCUACAAGGCUUCGGGCAUCAUUCACAGCUACACACUGGAGUGCAACUAUAACACCGGGCGCUCGGUGAACAGCAUCCCCAUGGCCUGCCAUGACAAUGGGCGGGCGAGCCCUCCACCCCCUCCAACCUUCCCCACCAAGUACACCGUGGAGCUGUUUGAGCAGGUUGGGCGGGCGCUGGCCAUCGCGGCGCUGGACAUGGCAGAAUGUAACCCCUGGUCCCGGCUCGUCAUGUCUGAGCACAGCAGCCUAAACAACCUGCGAGCCUGGAUGCUGAAGCAUGUGCGCAACCUGAAGGGCAUGGCUGCAUUCUCCCGCAAGAAGGGCUCCAAUGGGCUGCCCGCCUUGAGCUCCGAGAAUGCCCUCUCCCGGGCCAGGACCUGCAGCCAUGGUACCAGUGGGAGCAGCGGCAGCCAGCAGAACUCGCCCCAGAUCAAAGCCUCACUCAGCUUCACCUUCAGCUAUAACAGGGCUGGUGGCCCUGCAGGCGGGAGUCAGAGCCCUCAGAAAGGCAGCCCGAGGGUCCUGGCACCAGUGAGAGCGCGCAGUGUGGGCAAUGCCUGAAGUGGAUUCCAGCGCACCGUGGGACGCGGCUCGAAAAGAAGAGGUUACUUACAGCACCCAGGCCUGACGUUCUGGAAGAUUUGUCCCUACGGGUGCUCUGCCACCCGCCUUCCUUCCCAUCUGUUUCAUCUCGUCUCGGCGAGAUGUUGUGGUUAAGAAGGAACUGAGAGGGUGGUUCAUCUGAUACUGCCCCGUCCCCCAGGCUGGCGUCCAUGCACACCGGCCGUGCAGUGCCUGGAGGGUCAGACAUCUCAAAGAGCUCGUUUCCACAGUCCUGGCUCUGGCAGAGUGGGGCAGGGCAGCAGAGAGGCACUGGCUAGCCUAACCCGAGCCAGGGGGCAGGAGAGCGAGGGCCUUGGCUGACGAGAGCAGGCACAGACACACCAAGCAGCAUUUGCAGGCAGCUUGCAUGUUUUUAACUUUCACAAAGUGUCCAGUUUCUGGUUUGGGGGACGGGGGAGGGAAAACUUUGACCAAAAUGAAAGUUUUUCAUAGAAGGUUUUUGCUUUGGUCAAACAGCCCUUUUUUGUCCCCACCUGCACAAGGCAGCUGUGUCCCCCGGCCUCGCUGACUCCCUUCCCCUUCCAGCUGGGCUUUCAGCUGUAGCUUGCUGUGCACGCCCAGUCCUCGCUCCUGCCUGGUCCCCUCCCAGAGCUAGCUCCGGGUCGGGUGGUGCACGAGCAGAAAGGGGGCCAGCUCUUCACCUCGAAGGAGCAUGGAGAGCUUGUGAGAGGACACAGCUCUCAGCAAAACCCUUUCCACACCUGCCUCCAUGGAAAAGGGUCCCCGUUCAAAGGGCCAGUUUGCACGUUCACUAGGCGGCUGCCUGCUGCUGCGUCUCCAGGGGCUGUAGAAACUGAGCGAGAGAGAGGCCUGUAAGUCACAUCACGUGCCCUCGCUUUGCUGUGCAUCUCUGCACACUUGAAGUCAGCGAGGACUAGGGGCUUCCUUUAUCUGCCCAGCUCUACUGCUGCAGAAAUAGCACCAGCCUUCUCUCCCCCCAAGUGCUACCCAUGCAGGGGCUUCCGGCCAGGCCAGCUGUUCCUCCGGGAGGCACCCUCCUGCUGUGUGCUGAGCCCUGUGGAGCCAAGUGGUUCUGCUGCCAGCUCCAUUUCAUUCCCAGUGGGCCGCAGGGUCCCCCAGCUGUGGCACUGGAAUGGGGCAGCAGAAACGUGCCCAAAAGCGCCAAGUGGGAUUGGGGCCCUUUUUUAUGACCUGCCCAAAGAGCUCACCAGCGCAAGAGACAGCGACUGCAGGUUGGGGCCAGGGUGUGCCCUGCCAGCAGGUGAGCCAGUCACUGCUGGCCCUGUGCUCACGGCAGGCUCAUGGUCGCAGGAGAUGUCAAAUGGCGGCCUGAUGCCAUGGUGUUUGGGAAGAGUUUAACCCCAGUACCUUGGCCUGGUUCCUACUUGAUCAUUAAACUGUCACCCUGAAAUUCCCUCGCCACUUCUUGUUCACUUCCUGUCCUAAAUUGCUGUGGGGGGCGUUGGCAUGUGCUGCUUAGGAGCUGCUGUGUUCCUCCCCAGAGGUGGCUGGUGAACCUUCCGGGCUGCUGCAUGUUGUGUAAGGGUGGCCUGUGUACUCAGGGCUGCGCUCUCCCCCAAGGCCUGGCAGGUUGGAAGACAGAUCAAGCCCCCAGCAGCUGCAGAGCGUGGAGAGGGGCUUGUCGCCCCAGUUCUCUGCCAUCCUAGGCGGGCUGCCUUGAGCUGACUUGAUGACCCAGCCUGGUGCUCCAGUUAAGCUCCGAGCUAGGCGUGCCCUGACUGGGGCCUGCAGCUCUGGCUUCAGCGGGAGCUGGGGCUGCAGAUCAGGCCCCUCCUGUUUUGGAGCCUGGCUCCAGCACCCAGGUGUGGCGGCCUGGCCGUACUUUGAGUCCUCGUGGGAGUGGGGAAUUGCUUCUCCUGGCAGGGCCAUCUGGAGUCGAGUGCCAGCCUGACCAGCAGGCUGCCAGACCUGGCUGCAGAUUGUCCUGUCCCUGGGGGUACCCAGGGGACUGCUCACGCCUUGUCCAAGCCCCAGCUCGAGCAGUGCCCCUGCAGCUUGGAGAGGCUGGCAUCAGGUAGAGCUUGCAGCAGGAAGCUGAGUUGCUCUGCCUCUGUGCUUGGCAGGCUCCUCCGCCUAGCAGGAGGCUGUGAGUCCCGGAUGUGCUGGUGUGGAGAUAGCUCUGACGGGGGGGCAU